AUGAAAGAAAUUCAAGUAACAAGUGAUAUUGGCAGUAAUACCAUUGAAAAUUAUGUAUUUAGUGAUGAAUUUCCAUCAUUGACAAUUUUAAAACUGGAUUUACCUGUUAAAAAUAUCUCAAUUGAGCCAUAUGCUUUUGCUAAUUUAACAAAUCUUGAAAAUAUAGAAAUCAAUUCGGCUAUUGUUUUACUAAACGUUGAUACUUUCAAAGAUAUGCCAAAAUUAAAAUCACUCAAGUUACAAAUAAUUAAUUCAACAACAGCUAAUCUCAUUGCCGUAUUAAAAAACCAUCCAAGUUUGACAAACUUAGAACUUUUAAAUCAUUAUACUGUAGAUAUUUGUAAUUAUCAGAAUGACAAUAAUCCAUUACAAUUAUUAAAACUUCAAUAUACUGGUGGUCAUUUGAAAGCAUUAUCGAACAGGUGUUUUAAAUGUUUAAAAUAUCUCACUGAAUUGAUAAUCACAAAAAUUAUGCCAAUCGUUCCUGACACAUGGCAACCAAAUAUUCUUGAAAUACAAGAUAACGAAAUAUCAUCAAUCGAAGAAAAUACAUUUGUUAAUAUAACUAUAACAACAUUAAUAAUUGCUUCCACAGCAAAAAAUUUUAAAAUUACUGAAAAAUCAUUUGAAGGAUUAUCGAAACUUGAAUAUUUGGAACUUAAGACUCAACGAAUUAAAUUGAAUUCUCAUUUUUUGGAUCAUUUAAAAUCAUUGGUUACUUUAGAAAUUUCAGCAACUGAUUCUGAGAGAUGCAAUUGUAAAUAUACUUGUGAAUUAGUAAGACGUUCAAAUCUAAAAAAUUUAUUAAUAUCUGAUGCAGAGAAAAUAGCUAUUUGUAAAAGGGAUAUAUGUAUAGAUCGUAAUACUAAAAUUUUGAGUCUUCGUUAUACACAUGGAUGGUUUACAAUGUUGCAACAUUCUGAUUUUUUUUGCUUGAAAAAACUUGAAUAUCUCGGUGUAACAAAUAGCAGUCUUAUAGACAUUAAACCUGGAUCAUUCGUUGGACUCGAUAAACUCACUACUUUGGUAUUGUCAUCGAAUAAAUUGACACAAAUUGAUCAGAAUACUUUUGAGAACUUAACAAAUUUGAAUUCACUUAUACUUUGUGAUAAUAAAAUUGACAAUAUUGUUAAUGGAGCAUUUAGAGGAAAAAUAUUAUCAAUGCUGGAUUUGAGUUACAACAAGCUGACAUCUAUAAGCAAAAAUUUAUUUGUUGAUGUGAUAAUUAGACAACUGGAUUUAUCAAAUAAUAAAUUAAUAACAAUUGAAAUUGGUGCAUUCAAAACUUUGAGCUUUGAAACAUUAAAUGUAGAUAAUAAUGAUGAACUUGAAGGAAAUCUUGGAAUUUGGAGCGCAGAUGAAACCCGAAUUCAGGCGAAGUGUUUCACUCAAGCAUUUUUCAAGAUUUGUACAAAAUUGAAUUCUCUAUCAUCGGUUAACGUAGUUGUAGAUAAAUUUAUAGUCAUAACGUUUUUACCAGAUUUCUUAUUGCCAAGUAGAAAACUUGAAUUAUUCGAUAUAUCAUCAAUUAAUAGAAAUGCAUUUAAAUAUUCGAACGUCAGGUCUCAUUUUAGAACUUUAACAAUUCAUUAUACUGGAGGUUUUGAAUUUAUGAUUUUUCCGGAAUCAUUUGAGGGUUUGAUAAACUUAGAAAAUUUAAUAUUAAAUGUAGGAGCCAUCAAACUCAAAAAAAACUUAUUUGUUGAACUAAAAUCUCUCAAAUAUCUUAAAAUCGGGGUUAUCGAAACUAGUCUUUACCUCAGUCAAAUACUGACAGAUCUUAAGAAUUUAAAAACUCUCCAAAUUGUUGGUAAUCAUUCUGUCGGUAUUUGUCAAAAUUCAUUUUCAAAAGAAAUACCAAAUUCAAUAAUCGACAUUCGUUAUACAACAGGUACAAUUGAUAGACUACAAGAAAAUUCAUUAAUUUGUGUGCAACAAAUUGAAGUAUUUACAAUAACCAAAACACAGUUGUCGACAAUUGAAGUUGGUGCAUUUAAUUUACUGAAUAAUCUCCGAUAUAUAAACUUGUCAUUCAAUAAAAUAUCUCUUGUUUCAAUGAAUGUAUUUAAUAAUCUCAAGAGUCUCGCUGUGCUUUUAUUAAAUAACAAUGAAAUUGAGGACAUCGACGACGAAGCAUUUAUGUUAUUUGAUAAUAAAAAUUUUGUUUUGUAUAAUUUGAGUCACAAUGAACUUACAACUAUUGAAGAGAAUACCUUUGACAGCAUAAAAUCCGAUCAAUUAGAUUUGUCGUACAACAAAAUUCGUUCUAUUGAAGCUGGUGCAUUCACCGAUUCUAACAUUAAAGAUUUAUAUCUAUUCAGUAAUAUUGAUAUAUACGAAGUUAAAACAUCUUGGAAUGUGUCUGCAUCUACUAAUGUCCAUAUUAAAACAUCGGUGUUUUUUGAUAUGUAUUGUUUGUCAAACAGAAAAACAGAAAGUGUAAUAUCAUGUGAAGCAUGUCCAUCCAUGUGUAUUCCUCUUAAGUAUUUUUCGCCACGGCUGGGUUAA